CCUACAGUGUAGCACAAGCGGCCAAAGUGUCUACUACUACACAAGCCAAAGUACUACUAGUACUUACUAGGACCACUAGGACUAAGGAAGUACAACUACUGCAUUUAACGAUAAGUGACUCGAAAAUAUGGUUCGCAUUGCUCUUACCCGUGAGGAUGGUCUAAAUGACCCGUUGGAGCAAGCGAUUAGGGCGCACUAUAUGAAAUACGUCUCCGUUUUCGACGACCACUUGGCGUAUGAGGAAGUGCCUGCGAUAGAACAAAUUCGAGGACCAGACUUUGGCAGACUUUUUAUGAGGAGUGUCAGUGUCUUCAUUUGAUGAACAAAACAGAAUGUGAGAGGCUUAGUUUAAAGAACUCCGUGAGCCUCUGCGUUAGAGUUACAUUUGUUGAACUCUUGCACCGCCAUACCAGAGCUCCGCUUCUAGUUCUAAUCUCACACGUCUAUGGGACAAGCAUGAGUUCGAUUCUUGCGUUUUGAUAGGGACUGAAGCAGCCAAAAUCUUCUGCGAUCAGACAAGUGUUGCUUAUGAGAGGUGAGUACUUCUACAACUUCAUCUUACGAUAGCGAUACCUGGUUACCAGGUACUACUUAGGGGUAGCAGGGGUGAAGUUUUUGUAGUGUACCAAUGUACUUUAAUAUGCACAUAUUGAAGACUCUUAAUCUUAUGGAGCAUGUAGAUUCUGACACACGACAAGACUUUUCACGUAAGUAACAGAAAUAGCAGAAAGGCUACAACUACAGGUUGAUAGCAGUCGGCAAAGGCACAGCUGAAGUAUUACAACGAGAGCGAAAAACCGUAACUCCAGUCCCGGAAAAGGCGAGUGAGGAUGGCUCAGGCUUGGCCAAAUAUCUUCCGUCAACUAUGGGCCCACGCUUGCUACUGUUGUGCAGUGUGCAGCAGAAAGAUGAAUGUACCAGAAGUAAUUUCUGAUGUAAGUAGUAGAUUGUCCAACUCUUAAAAUUUAGCGAACAUGUACAACAAAAAACCCUCAACAAACACAGGUAAAACAACCCUCGAAGAGCGUGGGUUCGACGUCACUGUUAUGCAGGUGUAUGGCAUACAAGCGCGGACUGAGCCAGCUCACAAGCCUCCCGAUAACAUAGACAUCUGGACCUUUGGUUCGGCGACUGCUGUUAGGGGUGUAGCACAAUGGAGUGGGGUGGGUGUGAAGUUAUGAUAGGCCAGGUAAAUAUUUGAGGCCCGCGAGGUCAUCCAAAUUUACGACUAUGUUGUAACUGUCGAAGCAACGUCGAACAGUACUAGCCUUCGCAUUCUAACCUCAGUGGCCAUCUGCGUAAACAAGCAAACUGCGCGUACCGCACACGAACAUUUCGGAGAAAGUUGUGUGGUAGAGUGCGCCGAAAAGAGCGGCGUGAAGAGUUGGGCGGCUAAGGUUGUGGACUUCAUGCAGAAAGGCGCUAGCGGAAACAAAGACUUCCUUGUCCGAGAUGGUGAGCCGGGUGCUAAGGAGGGUGCCGGAGGAGGCUCGGCUUAUGGCGGAUGAGGUUUCAGUUUCUCUAGUGUUGAUGGAUUGUACUUCUAAUCACUAGUCAGAAGGAUUGAUGGAUUGCACUUCUCUAGAGAACAACAUUUCGUUGUACCCCACCUCUAAUCCCAAGCCACUACAGCCUCAGAGGACAAGAAGAAGACCGAACAAGGCUCUUUGAGUCGAACCGGCAGUUCGGGUCGAAGGUUCCAGAGCUCUAGCUCAUCUAGUAGUCGUAGAGAAGAAGACCCCCUAGCUCGUUUCCUAGCAGGUGGAAGUUCGAAAAAAAGCCCAAGUCUCAAAAAUGAUCCACUUGCGGGACUCACCUUUGGAGGACAGAAGACGAGUACAAGUGCAACAGCAGGAGUUUCUUCAACAUCCACUACUACCACUACAACUAGUGGCGGACCUACUAGUGGUGGACCUACUAGUGGUCGUGGAGUUGGAGGUGGAGUUGGUUCCUCCACAACGACGCCUCCAACACGACCAGCGCCACCUUCUACAACAGCUGGACGUGCUGCCGCUGCCAUUACUACAGCCACGUCUCCUGCAAAAGCAGAGUUAUCACCUGAAAAAGCGGGUAUGGAGCCUGAACGGACAGCGCCAGAGGAAUCCCCUUCAACAACAACAACAACAACAACAACAACGUCAGGAUCCUUGGGUUCUCUAGCAGGUCCAACAGUGCCUUCAUCUUCCUCCACCGCUACUACAGUGCCUUCAUCUUCCUCCACCGCCACAACGUCUAUUAAGGGUAGGCUAAAGGUGCUUUUCUUACCGCUUUUUAUGCCUCUCCCCCUUAGGAUGAGAAAGGCAUAACAAGCGGGGGAACCCGCGAGCACCAACAACCUACCUCUAAGUCUACAUCUACUGGAAUGAUAGGAUCUUCUUCAGCAUUGGUGGCAACAACACGAACACCAGGACGAGUGCCACCAGCUUUAUGAAACCAAAAUCUGUUAUCAUUAUCGUACUUUUCUACUUAAGAAACUUGAUAACGAUAACAGAUUUUCGUUUCAUAAGCUUUGCGAUCGGAUGAAGUGGAGGAAGCCAUUGUAGAUGAUAGGAGUCGGGAAAAUAGUAAAGACGCACCUCCUGGAGGCUCACCAUCAGACGACCUGCCGGCAGGAAGCACUGUUAAGGCUCAGCUUUCAUUGGUCACUGAGGUUGGUCACUGAGAUCGAAGGGGCGACCCUCCCUUGAGAGUAGAACAGGGGAAAACAGAGGGAGAACAAGUAGAGGGGUAAAGGGCCCUUUUCUUUCAGCAUCAGUGACGAAUGAGUGUCGACGUUUAAUACUGGCGUAGGAGGAGGAGGAAGUACGGGAGCUGCGAAUAAGGGGAAAACUUAUGAUGUUGGGUGUCGUGUACAUAAUAUGUACAUUCUUGUUCUUCUAUAUACGACAAAAAAGGCUCUUGAAUCUUUUGUAUUUUUGCUUCCUAGUUAGGGGGCGUGCUCCACCGAUAUAUACGACAAAAAAGGCCAUAUCAUGAGUUGAUUGUGUAACGUGCUCGAACAAAGGCAGCAACAGAAACAUGGUUAUUUUCUAUGAUCGCAACGGAAACAGUUCUCAUCUUCUUCUAAUCCCAAGCCCCUCCCUCAGUCGCCACCGCAGCAGGCAAAGUGGCCGCAUCACGCGCGUCGGCGAAAAGCAGUGCCUCGACAGCGGGUGGUAGGAGUACAACAGCCCAAAGGAUGCGAAGCCCCGAUAAGGGGGAUAAAACUAUUUCCGAUCUACCGUCAUCUAAGAGUGCUGGUAGUAGAGCGACUACAGGCAGUACGGGGACUGGAGCUUCUGCGAAAGCUAAAGCAUCGUCAUCAUCGUCACGACCAUCGACAGCCACUAUACGUCCGAAAGCUGCGGCGAGUUCUACAAGACCGCCAACGAGAGGGAGUCGACCGGGAUCGGCGGUUGCGGGAGGUAAUUUCCUUAUACAAUACUUACUCGGCCGCAACCGCCGAUCUGCUCUUACUCGGCCUCUUUUUUGUUUGAUGCUUACUUAUGCAACUUCAUCAAGAUGAAGAUUGAUAGAUCCAUCUCCAUGACUUUAUUUUCUUCUAGUCUUCUUGUGUUACACGAUGUGCAGAUUAAGAUCAAUGUCCCCUUCAAGAAAAUAUAAUGAUCACGAACAACUAGGGUAGUUUACAACUUCAAUAUAAUAUUCUAGUCUUCUCUCGUCUGCUUAUCAUCUUCUUAUUCUCAUUACACCAAUACACCAGGAACUGCAACGACGAACGCUACCUCUUCGUCUUCGACUGCAGCAGCAACAAGUAGUGCUUCCAAACCCGCCGCUGCGGCGACAGUUAUGGGAAAAGUUUCAGUUUGACUCAGUCCAUCUUCUCAGAUUUGAGGACAAGAAGCCUCUUCUGUUCUGAGUAAGAUUUCAUUUCCACGGCAUGAAAAGCGUUCUAUUAAGGGCGAGAUUUCUUUUUCUUGUCGGUCGUGUCUGAUUCCACCUGCCCAGAAUAAGUUGAUUACAAGGCAUUCAUUUACAAAGCACUAAGUAAGACAACCGGUUAGUUUUCACCUCGACAGUAUUAGGCUUAUCCCGAGCAACAAUCUACUAUGAAUGGAAUCAGAGAACCUAGUUUAGACAUACAGUAUACUUCCGUCCACCUCUUUCCCUUCUAAGAUCCCAACAAGAGCAAAAUCAAAAGAAGGCAAUUCCUCAGGCGCCACGUGGGAAGAGGUAGACCAAUUGUGGCAGGUCAUCGGAAAAUGGGAGUCAAGCUUCGCAGAUCUUAAACUCCUUCACGAAAAUGAGGUCCGACAGUUGAGGGAGCAACUGCGAUCAAGAGGCGGAAUGUUAGGGUGCACAUGCAGCAUGAGCUUUUUAUCACUUAUAAAGUCAUUCUGUUUUCUUCUGAUGUCGGUUAGACGCUGUGCAAGACUUUCACAUAGAAAAAAGAUGUAGUUCUACGUCGACAAAAAGGACUCUUUCAUCUUUUCAUAUCCCUUUCCCUCUAUGCCUUCCUCCUUUCAUACCCCACCCAGUCUACCAACCCUCAAGGAGACGAGCUGGGUUCGCCUAGUCGUCUAGGCAAUGCCAGGAGUGUGCUGGAGAUGCGACCAGCAGGAAGCCGAUUCGAGUCUGUAGAUGACGCCAGCGAGCAAUAUGAAAUGCUGAGGCAGGAAUAUGAGGACUUCAGAAAAGCCAAAAACGUCGAAAUCGAACUACUGCAUACGAAAUUGAAUUUAUGCAUGGGUGUACUGCUGAGGAGAUUUUUGAAAUGAGUACAUUCUUCAUUUUGAUUCAUCUUGAGCGUUUCUAAAUGUCGUCUUCUUGUUGAACGAAGGAGUACAUUUUGGUCCACCUUGAGCGUGUCUAAAACUAAAUCUCCUCCUCGGGUCGCUUAGAUUAAUGCAAGAGAUCCUGCUAGAAGAUAAGACUUCAUGGUCGUGAAUUGCAUCUCGAUUCUAGUAAGAUUGUCUUCAUAGGGUCAACGACCACACCAUUAUCUUCUAACAACCGCAGCAGACGCGCAGAAGACGUCCUACACACUCCAAGAUGAUGAGAUACGGCGGUUGCGGGAGGAGAACUUGGCACUGGCCAAACAAGUGGAACAUUUUACAUUAUAUGCGACGGUGUAGUAGACACCGAGUUCUUGUCGAAAUGCAUUGCUUUUCUACGCGCUUUUCAUGAAACCUGGCAAUGCUGGCAUGGCCUUGUUUUUCUACAUUAUGGGUAUGCAUGAUUGAUUCGCUCCGUCGACCGGGUAACUCCGUAU